UGGGACGGGAGGGGGGGGGAGACGGAGACGCUUCUUCCUCCUGCUGCUCCUCACCUUCCUGGGAUCCGCCGCGGCGGUGGCCGCGAGUGAUUCGGCGGCGGCGGUGUCCCCGGCUCCGCGUGCGAACCAUGCUGACGGACAGCGGGGGUGGCGGCACCUCCUUCGAGGAGGAUUUGGACUCCGUAGCUCCGCGAUCCGCCCCAGCUGGGGCCUCGGAGCCUCCUCCGCCGGGAGGGGUCGGGCUGGGAAUCCGCACCGUGAGGCUCUUUGGGGAGGCUGGGCCCGCGCAGGGAGUCGGUGGCGGCGGCAGCGGCGGCACGGGCGGAGGGGACGCUGCGCUGGAUUUCAAGUUGGCGGCUGCCGUGCUGAGGACGGGCGGCGGCGGCGCCUCUGGGAGCGACGAGGACGAGGUGUCCGAGGUUGAAUCAUUUAUUUUGGACCAAGAAGAUUUGGAUAACCCAGUCCUUAAAACGUCAGAGAUAUUCUUAUCAAGUACAGCAGAAGGAGCAGAUUUACGCACAGUGGAUCCCGAGACCCAGGCGAGACUGGAAGCAUUGCUAGAAGCAGCGGGAAUUGGCAAAUUGUCAACUGCUGAUGGUAAAGCUUUUGCAGAUCCUGAAGUACUCCGGAGACUGACAUCUUCAGUUAGUUGUGCACUGGAUGAAGCUGCUGCUGCACUGACCCGCAUGAGAGCAGAGAACACACACAGUACAGGACAAGUGGACACUCGCAGUCUGGCAGAAGCUUGUUCAGAUGGAGAUGUAAAUGCUGUUCGCAAAUUGCUAGAUGAAGGCAGAAGUGUAAAUGAACAUACAGAAGAAGGAGAAAGCCUGCUGUGUUUGGCUUGUUCAGCAGGAUAUUAUGAACUGGCACAAGUACUACUAGCUAUGCAUGCUAAUGUUGAAGAUAGAGGGAAUAAAGGAGAUAUAACUCCUCUGAUGGCAGCUUCCAGUGGAGGUUAUUUAGAUAUUGUGAAAUUAUUACUUCUUCAUGAUGCAGAUGUCAACUCCCAGUCAGCAACGGGGAACACUGCACUUACUUAUGCCUGUGCUGGAGGGUUUAUUGACAUUGUAAAAGUGCUACUUAAUGAAGGUGCAAAUAUAGAAGACCAUAAUGAAAAUGGACACACACCCCUAAUGGAAGCAGCCAGUGCAGGUCACGUGGAAGUUGCCAGAGUUCUUCUAGAUCACGGUGCAGGCAUCAACACUCAUUCUAAUGAGUUCAAAGAAAGUGCUCUGACACUUGCCUGCUACAAAGGCCAUUUGGAUAUGGUUCGAUUUCUGCUUGAAGCUGGUGCAGAUCAAGAGCAUAAAACUGAUGAGAUGCAUACUGCCUUAAUGGAGGCUUGCAUGGAUGGGCAUGUAGAAGUGGCACGUUUGCUUUUGGACAGUGGCGCUCAAGUGAAUAUGCCUGCGGAUUCCUUUGAGUCUCCGUUGACUCUGGCUGCUUGUGGUGGACAUGUUGAAUUGGCAGCGCUGCUUAUUGAAAGAGGAGCAAAUCUUGAAGAAGUUAAUGAUGAAGGAUAUACGCCCUUGAUGGAAGCUGCUCGGGAAGGGCAUGAAGAGAUGGUGGCACUGCUGUUAGCACAAGGUGCAAAUAUAAAUGCCCAGACAGAAGAAACCCAGGAAACUGCUCUUACCUUGGCUUGCUGUGGAGGCUUUUCUGAAGUUGCAGAUUUUCUGAUUAAGGCAGGGGCUGAUAUAGAACUUGGCUGCUCCACACCUCUCAUGGAGGCUUCUCAAGAGGGACACCUGGAGUUGGUUAAAUAUUUGCUGGCUGCUGGUGCUAAUGUGCAUGCUACCACAGCAACAGGAGACACGGCUCUAACCUAUGCUUGUGAAAAUGGACAUACAGAUGUUGCAGAUGUUUUACUUCAAGCAGGGGCCCAUUUAGAACAUGAAUCUGAAGGUGGAAGAACACCUUUGAUGAAGGCUGCAAGAGCUGGUCAUUUAUGCACAGUUCAGUUUCUUAUUAGCAAAGGUGCCAAUGUGAAUAGGGCUACAGCCAAUAAUGAUCACACAGUAGUAUCACUGGCAUGUGCAGGAGGCCACUUGGCCGUGGUUGAACUACUAUUGGCUCAUGGAGCUGACCCUACUCAUCGACUCAAGGAUGGAUCAACAAUGCUUAUUGAAGCUGCAAAAGGUGGCCAUACCAAUGUUGUUUCUUAUCUAUUGGAUUAUCCAAAUAAUGUUCUGUUGGUUCCCACCACAGAUGUGUCUCAGCUUACCUCUCCUUCACAAGAUGAAUCUCAGGUUCCACGUGUACCCGUACACACACUUGCCAUGGUUGUGCCUCCCCAGGAACCUGACAGAACUUCCCAGGAGACAUCUCCUGCCCUCUUAGGAGUACAGAAAGGUGCAUCCAAGCAGAAGUCCAGUUCCCUGCAGGUAGCAGAUCAGGACCUACUGCCACCUUUUCACCCAUACCAGCCUUUGGAGUGCAUAGUAGAAGAGACUGAAGGCAAGCUGAAUGAACUGGGACAAAGAAUUAGUGCUAUUGAAAAAGCACAGCUUAAGUCAUUGGAGUUAAUUCAAGGUGAGCCUCUAAACAAGGAUAAGAUAGAAGAACUUAAAAAGAACAGAGAAGAACAAGUCCAGAAGAAGAAGAAAAUACUGAAAGAACUGCAGAAAGUGGAAAGGCAGUUGCAGAUGAAAACACAGCAGCAGUUUACCAAAGAAUACUUGGAAACCAAAGGUCAGAGAGACACAGGGUCUCCACACCAGCAGUGCUCUCAUAGAGGAGUCUCCUUGGCAGGGGAUGAAGAUGGCAGUCCCCCAGAGGAUCACUCUUCAGAAUCACCCCAGGUUGAUACAAUCUUAUUUAAAGAUCAUGGUAUUGGUGAUGAGCAACAAUCUCCACCAUCAGCAGAACAAAUUGAUUUUGUCCCAGUCCAGCCUCUAUCAUCUCCACAAUGUAACUUUUCCAGUGACUUAGGUUCUAAUGGGACAAAUUCUCUUGUGCUUCAGAAAGUAUCAGGUAACCAGCAGAUCAUAGGACAGCCUCAAAUUGCUGUUGCUGAACAUGAGCAGGGGCUGUUAGUACAAGAGCCAGAUGGACUCAUGGUUGCAACUCCAGCCCAGACGCUUACCGACACUCUUGAUGACCUGAUAGCAGAGUUUCCUGGCUGUCCUAGUACUAGCUCUAUAGCCUCGCCCUCAAAAGCCGAGGCAUGUAUAUCUCUGAGUUCCACCUGUUUGAGUGCUGGGAGUAAAGCUGUGAAUACCAGAGUGCCUGCUGGUUCAAAUAAUCCCUCUCAGACCACAGACUGUCCUACACCCGAAUCCUGUUCUCAGACUUCAAGCAAUAUGGUUUCCCCACCCAUGCCCCCUGUGUAUCCUUCAGUUGACAUUGAUGCGCAUACUGAAAGCAAUCAUGACACAGCUUUAACACUGGCCUGUGCAGGUGGUCAUGAAGAACUUGUAUCUGUUCUCAUUGCACGAGAUGCUAAAAUUGAACACAGAGAUAAAAAAGGUUUUACCCCACUGAUCCUGGCGGCAACAGCGGGGCAUGUUGGAGUUGUUGAAAUCCUUUUGGAUAAAGGUGGCGAUAUAGAGGCACAAGCUGAACGAACUAAGGAUACUCCACUUUCUUUGGCAUGUUCUGGUGGUCGUCAGGAAGUAGUAGAUUUGCUGCUGGCCCGAGGAGCCAAUAAAGAACAUAGGAAUGUGUCUGAUUAUACACCACUGAGUCUGGCUGCAUCUGGAGGAUACGUGAAUAUUAUUAAGAUUUUGCUUAAUGCUGGGGCAGAAAUUAAUUCAAGGACUGGGAGUAAACUAGGUAUUUCUCCUCUGAUGUUGGCUGCAAUGAAUGGACAUGUUCCUGCAGUGAAAUUGCUGCUUGAUAUGGGUUCAGAUAUUAAUGCACAAAUAGAGACCAACCGGAACACAGCUCUCACACUGGCCUGUUUCCAGGGCCGAGCAGAAGUAGUGAGUUUGCUUUUGGACCGCAAAGCCAAUGUUGAACAUAGGGCAAAGACUGGUCUUACUCCCUUGAUGGAAGCAGCUUCUGGAGGAUAUGCAGAGGUUGGAAGAGUUCUCCUUGAUAAAGGAGCAGAUGUCAAUGCCCCUCCUGUGCCUUCCUCAAGAGACACUGCUUUGACAAUAGCAGCUGACAAAGGCCACUACAAAUUUUGUGAGCUCCUGAUUAACAGGGGAGCCCAUAUUGAUGUCCGUAACAAGAAGGGAAAUACACCUCUUUGGCUGGCAUCCAAUGGUGGUCAUUUUGAUGUAGUACAAUUGCUAGUGCAAGCAGGUGCUGAUGUGGAUGCAGCAGACAACCGAAAAAUCACACCUCUUAUGUCAGCAUUUCGCAAGGGUCAUGUAAAAGUUGUUCAGUAUUUGGUGAAGGAAGUCAAUCAAUUUCCAUCUGAUAUAGAAUGCAUGAGAUACAUAGCAACAAUUACAGAUAAGGAACUGCUGAAAAAGUGUCACCAAUGUGUUGAGACAAUUGUGAAGGCCAAAGACCAGCAGGCUGCAGAAGCAAAUAAAAAUGCAAGCAUUCUCCUAAAGGAACUCGAUCUGGAAAAGUCAAGAGAAGAGAGCAGAAAGCAAGCUCUUGCUGCUAAAAGAGAGAAAAGAAAAGAAAAGAGAAAAAAGAAAAAAGAGGAGCAGAAAAGGAAACAAGAAGAUGAGGAGAACAAACCAAAAGAGAAUUCAGAACAACCAGAGGGUGAAGAUGAAGAGGACAAUGAUGAAGAUGUGGAGCAAGAAAUUCCCAUAGAGCCUCCGAGUGCAACCACGACCACUACAAUUGGAAUCUCUGCUACGUCUGCCACGUUCACAAAUGUAUUUGGGAAAAAAAGAGCCAAUGUAGUGACAACCCCCAGCACCAAUCGGAAAAAUAAGAAAAAUAAGACAAAAGAGUCCCCUCCCACAGCACAUUUAAUUUUACCUGAACCCCAUAUAUCUUUAGCACAACAAAAAGCAGAUAAAAAUAAAAUAAAUGGAGAACCUAGAGGUGGUGGUACAGGCGGGAAUAGUGAUUCAGAUAACUUAGAUAGCACAGACUGCAACAGUGAGAGCAGUAGUGGUGGUAAAAGCCAAGAGUUAAAUUUCACUGUGGAUGUGAAUUCCACCAGUGACAGAAGGGGCCCCACAGUUCUCAAUUCUCAAGAAGAAAAGACAAUUACUGCCACUUCCAAGACUCAGACAUGCCUUGAAGGUGAAGUGAAUUCUAAUUCCUUGUCAGCAAGCUACAAGUCAUUGCCAUUAAGCUCUCCAACCAUGAAACUGAAUCUCACUAGUCCUAAAAGGGGUCAGAAAAGAGAAGAAGGGUGGAAAGAAGUUGUUAGAAGGUCAAAGAAAUUAUCUGUUCCAGCCUCAGUGGUGUCCAGAAUAAUGGGAAGAGGAGGAUGUAACAUUACAGCAAUACAAGAUGUUACUGGUGCCCAUAUUGAUGUGGAUAAACAAAAAGAUAAGAAUGGAGAGAGAAUGAUUACAAUAAGGGGUGGUACAGAAUCAACAAGAUACGCAGUUCAACUUAUCAAUGCACUUAUUCAAGAUCCUGCAAAGGAACUAGAAGACUUGAUUCCUAAAAACCAUAUCAGGACACCUGCCAGCACCAAGUCCAUUCAUACAAACUUCUCACCUGGAGUAGGCACCGCAGCAACUUCCAGCAAGAAUGCAUUUCCCUUGGGUGCUCCAGCUCUUGUAACAUCACAGGCAGCAACAUUAUCUACCUUCCAGCCCACUAAUAAACUUAGCAAGAAUGUGCCGACAAAUGUGCGAUCUCCUUUCCCAGUUUCUCUUCCCUUAGCUUACCCUCAUCCUCAUUUUGCUCUGCUGGCUGCUCAGACUAUGCAACAGAUUCGCCAUCCUCGCUUACCCAUGGCACAGUUUGGAGGAACCUUCUCACCCUCACCUAACACUUGGGGACCAUUCCCAGUGAGACCUGUGAAUCCUGGCAAUACAAAUAGUUCUCCAAAGCAUAAUAAUACAGCCCGUCUACCUAACCAGAAUGGACCUGUUUUACCAUCAGAAUCUCCUGGACUAGCUACUGCCAGUUGUCCUAUCACUGUCUCUUCUGUGGUUGCUGCCAGUCAGCAGCUAUGUAUGACUAAUACUCGGACUCCUUCAUCAGUCAGAAAGCAGUUGUUUGCUUGUGUGCCUAAGACCAGCCCUCCAGCAACAGUGAUUUCCUCUGUGACAAGCACUAGUAGUUCCUUGCCUUCUGUCUCCUCCACAUCUACCACUAGUGGACAAGUUACCACCACAUUUAUACCUGCAACUACUCCUCAAGUACAACUUUCUUCACAAAAGAUAGAGUCUUUCUCUGCCAUACCACCUCCCAAAGAGAAAGUGUCUACACAGGACCAGCCUUUGACAAACCUAUGUACACCAACUGCAAACAGUUGUAAUAGCUCUGCCAGCAACACCUCAGGAGCUCCAGAAACUCACCCAUCCGGUAGUCCUUCUCCUCCCUCCAAUAAUACACAAGAGGAAGGACAGCCACCCAGUGUGUCUGAUUUAAAUCCUAUGUCAAUGCCUUUUGCCUCUAACUCAGAACCGGCUCCAUUGACUUUGGCAUCACCUAGAUUGACCACUGCUGAUAAUCAGGACACUGGUAAUUUACCUCAGUUAACUGUACCAACACCUCGAGUUUCUCAUCGAAUGCAGCCCAGAGGUUCUUUUUACUCAGUGCUACCAAAUGCAACUAUACACCAAGAUCCCCAAUCAAUUUUUGUUACCAAUCCUGUUCCUUUAACACCACCUCAAGGCCCACCAGCUGCAGUGCAGCUUUCAUCAGCUGUGAAUAUUAUGAAUGGUUCUCAGAUGCACAUAAACCCAGCAAAUAAGUCUUUGCAACCUCCAUUUGGCCCAGCCACACUCUUUAAUCACUUCAGUAGUCUUUUUGAUAGCAGCCAGGUGUCAGCUAACCAAGGGUGGGGAGAUGGCCCACUGCCCUCAAGAGUUGCUGCAGAUGCCUCUUUCACUGUUCAGUCAGCUUUCCUGAGUAACUCUGUACUUGGACACUUGGAAAAUGUGCACCCUGACAACUCUAAGGCACCUGGCUUCAGACCACCUUCCCAGAGAGUUUCUACCAGUCCAGUUGGGUUGCCAUCCAUUGACCCAUCAGGCAGCUCCCCGUCUGCUGCUGCUCCUCUGACAAGUUUUUCUGGCAUACCAGGGACAAGGGUUUUCCUCCAAGGGCCAGCACCUGUCGGGACUCCGAGUUUCAACAGACAACACUUUUCUCCCCAUCCUUGGACAAGCGCCUCAAACACAUGUGACUCUCCUAUUCCAUCUGUUUCUUCGGGAUCAUCUUCACCUCUUUCAGCCACUUCUGCACCACCAACUCUGGGCCAACAAUCAAAAGGAAAUAGUGCCAGUCAGGAUCGAAAGAUACCUCCUCCUAUUGGAACAGAGAGGCUGGCCAGGAUUCGGCAAGGAGGAUCUGUUGCACAAGCUCCCGUAGGGACCAGUUUUGUUGCUCCUGUUGGACACAGUGGGAUCUGGUCAUUUGGUGUCAAUGCUAUGUCAGAAGGCUUAUCAGGUUGGUCACAGUCUAUGAUAGGGAACCAUCCAAUGCAUCAACAAUUGUCAGACCCAAGCACAUUCUCCCAGCAUCAGCCAAUGGAGAGAGAUGAUUCUGGAAUGGUAGCUCCCUCUAACAUUUUUCACCAGCCUAUGGGUCUGCCGAUUUCCAUGUAUGGAGGCACCAUUAUAUCCUCUCAUCCUCAGCUUGCUGAUGUUCCAGGGGGCCCACUGUUCAACGGACUUCACAACUCAGAUCCUGCUUGGAACCCUAUGAUAAAAGUUAUCCAGAAUUCAACUGAAUGCACUGAUGCUCAGCAGAUUUGGCCUGGCACGUGGGCACCUCAUAUUGGAAACAUGCAUCUCAAAUAUGUCAACUAAGUUAGAAGGUCUUUACUCUUUAGCCUUGUUUGGGAAACCUAUGACUUUGGAAGGACUCUGGGGUUUUUAAUUUUGUUUUUUGGGUUUUUUUUUUUUUAAUGUGCCUAACUAAAAUAUUCUGAGGCUUUAGCAAUGGAAAUUUGAUUGCCCAUUGUGUAAGAACAAAUUGAUUUCCUAUCCCACCUGAGUAUGUUCUCUGGUUAGUUUAGCCAUUUUUGACUUGAGAUAAGAUGAACCUAGUGCUUUUGGCUAAACAUACUGAAUGCUACUUGUAUGCAGAAGAGAAUUAGAUGAUUACAUGUUUCAACUUUUUAGGGUGGUAAAUACAUGUAUAAUUGUUUACAUACUUUAAAAAAUAUGAGUAAAUUUCUUGUCAUAUAGUGGCUCUACUUAAUGUAGCCUGUAUUAAUGUGAAAUAUUUACCAGAAUAUUCAAUAAAAAAAAAUGAACAGUGUUUAGAAGUGGGGUGUGAUCCUUUCAGUGGUCAUGAAGAUUCCAGCCAAUCUACAGUCAUAUUAAAUUAGAUUGCUAAUGUUGUAUUUAUUUGUAUCAUGCUUUUCACAUUUAACACUGUAGAGUCCAUUCUUAAACAGCCAUGAAAAGCACUGUUAAAACUUAUUAGCUACUUCUUGUUCUUCUGUCUCCCACCUUAUUAAAGAUGAGGGUUUUUAAGCCUUUACAGUUUGUGUUAGCUGACAUUAGCAAAUAGGCCACUUGAUAGGUUUUGCUCUUUAUGGAUCAUGACUACUAAGGCUUUCCAUUGAACAGAUUUAGGGAUACCCAAAUCAUCCACUUU